AUGGCUACUAGACGUGUUCGAUACUCCCCCCUUGCCACAGAUGAGGAUGAUGGUGAUAUUAACAGACCUUUUGACCCACGAUUUGAUUAUACACCAAAGGCCUUGGAUAAAGUUCCCUGGAAAUCCAUUGCCCUUGCCCUCUUCCUGUUAUUCCUUGGUACAGGACUUCUGUUUCUUUCAUACUUUAUCUUUACUGGUCAUAUGGGGGGAGAACGUUCUCAAGCAUAUGGCCUUUUAGCCCUUGGGUUCCUUAGCUUUCUCCCAGGUUUUUAUGAGACUCGAAUUGCAUAUUACGCAUGGAGGGGUGCUAAAGGAUACCGCUUUUCUGCCAUUCCUGAUUAUUAG